UCCCAGGCGCUCCCUCCAGUUCCCGGAGUUUCUGCCGCAGUUGCUGCUAGGUCUCUCCGUCUCCCGGUCUCAGGCUCCAUGGAGGAGGAGGAGGAGGAAGCGCGGGCGCUGCUGGCGGGCGGCGCCGGGGAGGCGGACGCGGGCGCCCCCGCCGCGCCCCGGCCGCUGCCGGCCCUGUGCGACCCCAGCCGCCUGGCGCACCGCCUCGUGGUGCUGUUGCUGAUGUGCUUCCUGGGCUUCGGCAGCUAUUUUUGCUAUGAUAAUCCCGCUGCUCUGCAGACGCAGGUGAAACAGGAUAUGCAGGUGAAUACCACGAAGUUCAUGCUGUUGUACGCCUGGUAUUCUUGGCCCAAUGUAGUCCUGUGUUUCUUUGGUGGCUUUUUGAUAGACCGAGUAUUUGGAAUACGGUGGGGCACAAUAAUUUUUAGCUGCUUUGUUUGCAUUGGACAGGUUAUUUUUUCUCUGGGUGGAAUAUUUAAUGCUUUUUGGCUGAUGGAAUUUGGAAGGUUUGUGUUCGGGAUUGGUGGGGAGUCCUUAGCUGUUGCCCAGAAUACAUACGCCGUGAGCUGGUUUAAAGGCAAAGAAUUAAACCUGGUGUUUGGGCUCCAACUUAGCAUGGCUAGAAUUGGAAGUACAGUGAACAUGAACCUCAUGGGCUGGCUGUAUUCUAAGAUGGAAGCUUUGUUGGGUUCUGCUGGUCACACGACCCUGGGGGUGACGCUGAUGGUUGGGGGCUUAACGUGUAUUCUUUCCCUAAUCUGUGCCUUGGUUCUCGCCUACCUGGAUCAGAGAGCAGAAAGAAUCCUUCAUAAAGAACAAGGAAAAACAGGGGAGGUCAUCAAACUGACAGACGUGAAGGACUUCUCCUUACCGCUGUGGCUCAUCUUCAUCAUCUGUGUGUGCUACUAUGUCGUGGUCUUCCCUUUCAUUGGGCUGGGGAAAGUUUUCUUCAUGGAGAAAUUUGGAUUUUCUUCCCAGGCAGCAAGUGCAAUUAACAGCAUUGUGUAUGUCGUAUCAGCACCCAUGUCUCCAGUGUUUGGGCUCCUGGUGGAUAAGACAGGGAAGAACAUCAUCUGGGUCCUGUGUGCGGUGGCAGCUACUCUUGUGUCCCACAUGAUGCUGGCCUUUACCAUGUGGAACCCGUGGAUCGCCAUGUGUCUACUGGGACUGUCCUAUUCACUGCUGGCCUGUGCAUUGUGGCCAAUGGUGGCCUUUGUAGUUCCUGAACAUCAGCUGGGAACUGCCUAUGGCUUCAUGCAGUCCAUUCAGAAUCUCGGGCUGGCGGUCAUCUCCAUCGUUGCCGGCAUGAUCCUGGACACCCGGGGAUACUUGUUUUUGGAAGUUUUCUUCAUAGCCUGUGUUUCUUUGUCACUGUUAUCUGUGGUCUCACUCUAUUUGGUGAAUCGUGCCCGAAGAGGGAACCUGAAUUAUUCAGCAAGACAAAGGGAAGAAAUGAAAUUUUCUCAUACUGAAUGAGAAGCAUAAAGGGCUAUGUUGUGAGAAUGAAUUACACACAUCACUGGUUUGUAAAAAAAUGUAGUCAUUAGGGAAAAAGAUGGACUGGCCAGUUACACUGCCAUCACAGGUACCAUUGGAGAGUGUGACUGUCCACCUGCGUGCUCUGCUGUGCACCGCUGAACAA